CCGGGCAACGGCAAGUCGAGGCGGUUGGGGGCGUGGCCUCGGCGAGCCCAGGCCGAUAAGAGGCGGUGUUGGCCCGUGUCGCGAGCCCGGCUUGUCGGCGCUGUCGGGCGGAGGCGGGGCGGCCUGGCAUCUCCUCCGACUACCUGGAAAGGCCUAUCAGGCGGGAGCGGUCCUGCGGGCCCACCGUUUUCCUUUCCUUACACCCUCUUGCAGGGAGGCCGCGUCCCGCUCCCUAACAUGGCGGGCGGACGCUGGGGCCAGCUGCUGACUGCGCUCCUGGCCGCCCACGUCGUGGCGGCAGCGGCGGAAGCCGGCCCCGAGCAGGCAGCGCCGCCGGAGGAGCAGAGCCGGGUGCUGCCCAUGACCGCCUCCAACUGGACGCUGGUGAUGGAGGGCGAGUGGAUGCUGAAAUUUUAUGCCCCUUGGUGUCCAUCCUGCCAGCAGACCGAUUCAGAAUGGGAGACGUUUGCAAAGAAUGGUGACAUACUUCAGAUCAGUGUGGGGAAAGUAGAUGUCAUUCAAGAACCAGGUUUGAGUGGCCGCUUCUUUGUCACCACUCUCCCAGCAUUUUUUCAUGCAAAGGAUGGGGUAUUCCGCCGUUACCGUGGCCCAGGAGUCUAUGAAGACCUGCAGAAUUAUAUCUUGGAGAAGAAAUGGCAAUCAGUUGAACCUCUGACUGGCUGGAAAUCCCCAGCUUCUCUAACGAUGUCUGGAAUGGCUGGUCUUUUUAGCAUCUCUGGCAAGAUAUGGCAUCUUCACAACUAUUUCACAGUGACCCUUGGAAUUCCUGCUUGGUGUUCCUAUGUCUUUUUCGUCAUAGCUACCUUGAUUUUUGGCCUUUUCAUGGGUCUGGUCUUGGUGGUAAUAUCAGAAUGUUUCUCUGUGCCCCUUCCAAGGCAUUUAUCUGAAGGUUCUGAGCAGAAUCAGAGGUCGGAGGAAGCACAGAGGGCCGAACAGUUGCAGGAUGCAGAGGAGGAAAAAGAUGAUUCAAAUGAAGAAGAAAACAAAGACAGCCUCAUAGAUGAUGACGAAGAGAAGGAAGACGUUGGUGAUGAGGACGAAGUAGAGGAGGAAGAGGAGGAGGACAGCCUGGCUGUUGGUGUGGAUGAGGAGAGGAAUGACACGCAGGAGGACGUGGGACCUGAUGAGACCGAAGAGGCUGCCCCUGAGCAGCCCCGGUCUGCUGGCACAGAGGUGGCCGGAGACACGCUGAGGCAGCGCAAGAGUCCGAGUGCUGAUAGGGAUCAUCAGCCUAAUGAGAGCAUUUCAUAGAGUACGGCUCUGGUGUGCAGAUUAGACCAAAUCCUUGUAUUUUCCUGAAUGAGCAAGCUUCUCUUAUAAAACAGUUGCUAGUAGUGUAGUCUCAUGGCAUUAAGCUUCAUGUAUAUUGAGAAUCUUUCAGGCAUGACAAUCAGGGUACAGAAAAACAAACAUGGGCACAAGGGAUGGGCACAAGUUCAUUUAGUUGGGGCCAGAGGGCUUUGACCAAAGGAAGCAACCCCAGGCCCUCAUUAGUACCUUUCACGGAAAGGGCUGCAGCCUCCAUGAAAUGAAAGCAAGCAGCCUGAGAGCUUCCCCAAAGUGUAGCAGAAGUCUUGCUUCCUCUUCUUGGAUUAAGUAUUUAUUUUGGUCAAAUUGUAAGAAACAUCAGGUGCAUAGUACAGGGACACAUUUUAGAGAGAGAGAUUGAGAGAGCCUUGGAAAUGAUUACAGAAAAGGGCUUAGAAGUCAUCCCAGCUCUCUGAAUUUCCUUGAUCAUGCUUUAUUUAUUACCUGUAACAUUCACAGAGUUCCCCCCAGGGACCUGCAGGCUCUCCGCUGUCUUCACAGUCCAUCCUCAGUGAGAGGACUCACACAGCAGCCAGGUGACAUCAGCUGUGCUUUUCUGACCUAAGGGUUUAGGAAAUCAAGAACCAUAGCCCAUGAAGCUGUGACUGCCAAGCAUCUCAAGUAAAAUGUAACAUUUGGAGGUUCAAAAGGAAGUAGGUAUUUUACAGGAGAAAUUUUGUUGUUUUUUUUUUGGCCAAAAUGUAGUGACUUUUUUUUUUUAAGUUGCUUUCUCAAUAUUCUUUUUGAAGCCAAAAGUCCCCUAAGUCUUGCCAGUACAAGGUAGUCUUGUGAAGAAAACUUGAAACUGUUAUUUUAUAUCCGGUCUCAAAGGGUUACCUGGCUCUUGAACCACUUUAAUAAUAACUGAAAAACCAUUUCUGGUUUUCCUUCAGUGAUGUGCUUUUGGUGAAAGAAUUAGUGAAGUGAGUAUCUGGAAAUGAAAGAUUUGGUUUCGUUUCCUUCUUCCUUAGUCUUAUAAAGAUUUUUAUCCCUGUAAAUCUCUCAAUACUCAAUCUACUAAAUGUACCUUGGGGGCUCAAUUUCUUUAAAAAAAUACAUCCGUCCACUUCUGCCUUACCUGAUUUAUGUCUUAGAAUAAAUUCAUAAAAUUAGAUUCCAAGCUUAUGAAAGAUGGCUAAAGUUGAUCCUAUACCCCUUGGGUCCAGACAGAAUAACAAGUUAGUAUAGGUUUAUGAAAUUCAAAGAAUUUCUGUCAUCUUUAAGAAGAAAUAUGCAGUAUACUCCUAUCUGGCUGUUUAGAUAACCCUUGCAUUGUAUUAACUUUGAACAUGGCUCACUGGAGGAGGGGCAGGUUCUGAAACUACCCUGGCCUGGUUGAAUGAGCCUGUUGCAAGCCUUAUACAAAGGGAGUUUUUAUUCUGAUAGAAUCCAAUUUUUAGAAGUGGUUAUUUUUCAUCUUUCAACUCAGUUGCCUGACAAUCUCAUCCCCCACUACACUGAGGUUCUUCAUUAAGAGUCACCAAUGCUUUCUCUUUCUAUAACACACCCUGGAGUUUGAGGCCAGGAGCAGAACCAAUAGUUUGGGAAAAUCUUAACUUUUGCUCAUUUUCUGCCACUCCCGCAUGUAGGUCUUGACACAUCCUCAUUGAAAGCGCCAUGGUUUUGAAGGCAGUGACUCCAUCUCCCUGAUGCUAGGAAGCUUUUCUGGGUCAUUCCUGAGUUGGGUCUGCCUCCCGUCACCAGAUUUCUUUCUCAUAUAAUCAGCUGUAACAGAGUCUUCAAAGUUCAUUAAGUUUAAGUUCACAGGUAUGGAAUAAGAAAGAUUUCAGAAUUUGGGUAUUCUGUAUAAUGCCCCUGCUGUAUUAAAAUAUUCAUAUAUUCUUGUAAAGUUGAGUGGUUGACUAGAGAGGAAAGAAUGAAGAAAUAAAUUCUAUUUUGGCUUUUUAUAAAUGUAAGGCCAAUUUCCAGUGGGACCCCAAAUAGUACCUAAUUAUGUAAUAAGAAAAAUAUAUUUUCUUUCUCAGCAAUACUUAAAAAAAAAAUUGGAAGAAGAGGGGAAAGCAGUUUGGAGAAGAGGACCCAUUAAAAAUGGAAGUGUCUGACUGUGGGAACCAUUUUUCUGCUUUUCCCUUUUUUUAAUAUCCUGGCAAAAGAUGGGAUUUUUACUAAAUGGCCUGACAAAUACUCAUCCAAUUUAAUUUCUUUCCACUUGAGAUUUUGUUUGUUUUCACUACUUACUGAAUUUAAACUAAAUGAAAAAAGUCAACCUGAAAUAAUUAAUACAUUACUGUUAACAAAUAAACAUUUCAGUAAGACCUUAUGGAUUUUUCCUGUUUAGAAUAUAUUUGAUCCAGAAGUCAAGUGCAUGGAAACUUGAUUUUAAUUUUAAAAAUUAAAAAUAACCAUGUUUCCCUAUAUUGCAAUAUCAAUUAUUUAGUUACAAAAUAGUAUUUGAUACAAGUCAAAAUCAGGUCAAUUAAAAGCAUGGAUUUUAGGAUGGGGGCAGGGCUUUGUGUGUGAAUAGGGGAAGCAGAGUGACUUUUCAUUGAUUAGAAGGAAAGUUUGGAACCUCUUUCUUUGUUUCUUUUAUUAUUCAUCUCUUGCCAGAACUACUAAACCACCCUGACUUGCUUAGAUCUCAGAGCGAAGCAGCACUGAGGCAACCGCACUUCUUCCCUUUGAGAAGUGCACAUUGCCUGGGGUGAGAAGCAGGGUCCUGCAGUUCCCAGGCCACGCCACAGUGCUUACGGCCUUACAACCUCGCCUCUUCUGUGGAUGAUCCCUGUUAGGCACAGGCCUUUCUAACUACGAAACCCAAAUAAUGACUGUAAUCUGAAGUAAACAACCUUUGGCCUGGGGUUGCCUUGUGACAGUAGAAAAAGCCAAAUUUUGACUUUUCUAUGGCCCAAACCCUUGUUGAUAGCUAUCGUGUUACUACCUGAUGUGGGCGUAUAUAAACCUGCAGAGCCCGCGUCCUGUACCACCUUUGAGGUAGAUGAUAAAAAUGUCUUCUAAGGCAAAUAACUUCACAUGUGACUUAAUUACCAUGUCCUUCAAGAGUAGAGUCUGUAUGCUGCUUUGUAGUAUGGGAAACAUUAAAGACUCUUAAAAAAAAAUUGAAAUGGUAAGGUACACCUGAGAUUCCAGCAUAAAACCUUAAUUUAGCAUGAAGUGAGAGAAGGGAGAGAUUGGUGCUUUUGCUAAUAUGCAUCAAUAGUUCAUUUAUGUCCUCAGUAUUGAAGUGUUAUUUCUUCUGGUAUUACAGAUGUGUGGUUGACCCAUCCUGUCAAAUAAACAUUUUGGAAAGUAUUCAUGUAAAACUUUUGUGCCAACAGAAAAGUUCCUUCUUGUUUAGUAUCUCUUUACCUCAGUCCUACAUGUUUUGUCCUUAAAACAUUAUAGCUUCUUUUGAAAAACCAAACAUGGACUCAUCAAACCUGAAGAGCCCUGUUGGGGAGCUUUUUGAGCAGCUUUUCCAAACCAGGAGGUUUGGUUGAAAGCCCUUUGGUAGUUUCAGACCAGGGCAUGGCCCUCACAUGGCCAUGUGAAUAGUUUCAUGUGAACUGUGACAGUGUAUAUGUGUGACUCAUAUACCUUUAACAUGUUUCUGAUGUAGUUUAAUCCUAUUUGUUUUAAAUAGCUUCUUGGUGCAAAUGCAAUUUUUCUACUACAAAUACUGUCUAUUUGUAUUGCAAAACAUUAUAAAUUUGUUAUUUAUAUUCUUUGUAAUAAUUUUAAUUAUAUAGCCAGGUGGUACUUAAUUAUUUUUCUCUUCACCUAUGUAUUCUUUGCUUCCUCAAAUAGCAUCUCUAGCAACUAGAAUGAGUCUCAAGUGGUACAUUGCCUGAUUAUAAAUCAUCUUUUCACAAAAUUGUACAUAAUCCUUGAUCUUAACAUGUUUUGGUUUCAUUGUAAAUAUCUGUUUGCAUCAAAACAUGAUGAUACUGAUAAGUAAAAACAAAAUAAUAUAUUGCUUUUCAUUAAGCACUUUUAUAAAAGCCAUUUGCCUCA